AUGAAUAUAUUUGGUAAACGCAAAACGCCUCAAGAACAAUUGCGAGAAAAUAAUCGAGCUCUCCAAAGAACUAUGAGGGAGUUAGAUCGCGAAAAACAGCGCCUUGAGAACGAACAAGUUAGAAUCACUAAUGAUAUUCGUAGAAUGGCCAAACAAAACCAGAUGGAGACCGUGAAAAUUAUGGCAAAGGAUCUAGUCCGAACGCGAACGUACAUUACCAAACUCGUUAAGAUGAGGGCGAGCAUUCAGGCUAUCUCUCUGAACAUGCAAACCCUGAAAUCUACUGCUCAGAUGUCGGAUUCGAUGAAACAGGUCGCCCGAACUCUAGUUCGAAUGAAUAAGCAGAUGAAUUUGCCUGCCUUACAAAAGACUCUUCGGGAAUUCGAAAAGGAGUCGUCGAAAAUGGAGAUGAAGCAGGAAAUGAUAUCUGACGCUAUGGAUGAUGUUUUUGAUCAAGAGGGUGACGACGAAGCCACUGAGGGUGUCGUUCAACAAGUGAGAUUGUUGUUUUUGUCAUGUCCAUUUUGA